UAAACUUUGAGAACUACAACAUCCAUCUGGCACCGGUGGAUGACGACAGGUUCUACUACCCUUUAAUAUUUUGUAUUUAACAGUGAAGUAAAGAUCUUUCUGUUAGUUCUUGAGAUAUUAGCUACAAAGUCAAUAACAAGUUUGUGGAGUUAACGUUACUGUUUCUAAAAUCCACCAACUUCUGAAGAAAGCGCGAAAUCAACGGUUUCCAUGGCGAUUAAGCUUCCCUAAAGUUAGCUACUUGUUGCUUGCAGGCGCUUGUUGAUUUGCAUAUGCGAUCCCACACUGCUAGCUAGCUAACCAACUGAUAAUGUCAUCUGGAUCUCAAAAUUCCAUACCUAAAGAUAGUGAUUUAUCCAUCUAUAAAUCGUCUGAAUUGUUUGAUGAUGGAUUAUUGCACGAGAUUCCAACAACAAGUAAGUCAGUUAACCUGACUAGCUAGCUAUAACAUUACUGUACUAGAUACUAAAGUCGAUCGCAAGCAACUUGUCAUAGUGCUGAUCCCAGGCGCCAUCAGCAGUGACAGCACUGAGCCAACCCCCUUUGGCUAUCUAAUUAAGCUAGCUACCUCUACUUUCAGGUACAAAUGACACCAGUACUGUCUCUAGAAGGUACAAGAAUCUGGAUGAGUUGAGGUAAUUUUGCCAGUUUAAGUUUCUCUAGCUAGCUAACGCGUUACCUGUUAACUGCCCUAACGUUACCUCCUUUUUCAAAACACUAACGUUAGCUACCUACCUGUAUUUGAAAACAGAUUGUCUGCCUUUUGCACCAUGAACCAUCAUCCAUUUGGAAGCGAGUUUGUUAGGUUGGCUUUCUUUCUUUACAGUGAGGAGCUCGACAGACAAACCAAGGAGACCCAAAUGCUGCAAGAAGAGGUGGAACAUGCAACUAAAAUUACAAUGGAGAAAAUGGGACGCACAUUUCCCAGCAGCUCACCCUCACAAAUCAAUUACUUUCCCAUGUUUAUGGGUGAGUAUGAGGUUUCUUGUGUCAUUAAGAAAAAUAUAGCCAUCGCAAAGUGUAUACACUAGCUAGCUAGUACUAGCUCUAUACAGUAACACAUCAGAGCUAUUGUCACUCACUACAAAAUAUGACACUAACCUAUUUAGAAUUCUGAAACUACCUGUAGUACUUUUCAGUGAUACAUUUUCCCUAUUGACUCCUUUUUUAUUUUUUAUUUUAUUUUUACAGAUGGUUCUUCGGAGGAGAACUCAGAAGUGCUGUCUCAGUACCGACCGUCUUUGAUCCAGCCUCUAACAUAUGACCUGGAUGGCCUGGAUCUGGAGGUGGUCAGAAGUGGUGUAACCUUCCCUGGGAAAGAUGUUUUGGAAAAUGUAAUAGAGGACUACUCUCAGCAGGUGUCUGAGCUCCAGAAGCAGCUGUGUGAGGUUAAUCUGAGAUGGAGGACUAUUUGUUUUCCUUUCCUGCUGAGAGUUGUUGAUAUAAUCUGGUUGAAGGAGGCCUCCUGAAUUAAAUUAUUUGAAUCAAAAGCCAUGCAAUUCUGUGCCACUGAGGUGCCAUUGAUUGCAGCACAUAUGCUAAUACUUUUUCAGGUGUGUGCGUUUCAUGAACAGCAGAAGUUCAAAUUCCGUCAGACCAUCAUCAAGCUGCAGACAAAGUUGCACGAGGUCCAGAUUGAGAAAGAUGCCCUGACUGAUCGAAGGUAAUUGAUGCUAAAACUCUUGCAAUGUAGGCCAUUUGUACUGUAUACCUUUGGACAGAUCUAGGAUCAUUGUAACUGUAAAAGUAAGGGAGUAAAGGACAAGUUGCCUCAAUGUUAAUUGUUUGGUCCCUCAGAAUGAAAGAGAGCAGAAAACAGGCAGAUGUAAUGGGGAAAAUGCAAGCAAUAAUCAGAGAGCUGCAAACCAAUAAACAGACAGGGGACCAGAGGCUACUGGAGGCUGAGGAUGAAGCAAAGUCACAAAGCAGGAAAGCAGAGUCAAUGGAGCGGACACUACAGGAGGUGUACUCCACGCUGUUGGCUUAUGAGAAACGGUGUAGAAACAAUUUGUACACCAGCCAUGACGCACUGGGAGUUGCGGUGGAGAAAGUAAUACAGGACUUGGAGAAUGAGAAUCACAAUCUGAGAGAAAGAUUCCUGCUGGUAAGACAGUCUGUGUUAUGUUUUAUGCCACACUAAACACUUUUAUCAAAGGUUUGACGUGUUGUUCUUGUAUCUUUCUAUUCCUAACUCAUUGUGCCAGCUGAAGGAGCAGAUGGAGACUCAAGAACAGAAAUGCCAAGGUAAAGCAGAGAUACUGUUGAAGGAGCAAAGGGAAAGGUACGUUUCAUUAACUUUUGUCAAUUCUUGCCACAGUCACUUGGGUUACCUGGGAUUAGUAAUUCAUUCACUUCUCUGAUAGCACACACAUUCCCUGCAUGUAAGGCUGUCUGGUAUAGAAUUUACCUUUGCCCACUGAGGAUUUUUUUGAACUGUAAGUAUGUUUACUACAUAAGUUCCUUGAGGCGACAUGUCAAAUUGCCUUGCUUGGCUUGCUUUGCUCUUUUCCAGACUGGAGCAGCUUAUUACCAGUCAUGACCAGGAGGUGGCGAUAUUGACUGAGAAAUUGAGCAGCUCCAGAAGCAGUGCCUCCAGCUUGUGUGUCCAGGUGGAAUUGUUACAGUGAGAGACGUGAAUUAACCAGCAAUACAAUAUCUACACAUUUCCUGAGUUGAAUUAAAUUCAAAGCUCUAUCUUUCCCCCCCAAAUUGAUUAUAUCACCUAUAUUUUAAUUUAGUUGUAAGACAUCGGUCUUAUCUUUCAGAAAGUGUCCAAAAACAUGCAUUAUUUCCUUCUGACCAGAAAACAAGGUGAGAGUCAGGCUUCAGUGCACCAGUGUCAGGUCAAUGACUUGGAGUCAGCUCUCUCCAUCCUGCGCUCCGAUCUACUGGACGCCCAGCGGGUCCAUGAAGACAAGGUAAUGGCUACAUAUACCCAUUGUGUUGUAAAAUUAUUAGAAUAAUGAUAGAGUGGCCUUGGCCUAUUCAAUCAAAAGUGUAGGAGGUAGACAUUGUAACACAGGAGGUUGGUGGCACCUUAAUUGGGGUGUACGAGCUCGUGGUAAUGGCUGGGGCGGAAUAAGUGGAGUGGUAUCAAACACAUGGUUUCUAUGUGUUUGAUGCCAUUCCAUUUGCGCCGUUCCAGACAUUAUUAUGAGCUGUCCUCCCCUCAGCAGCCUCCACUGCAUUGUAAUAUUCUAUGUGAAGGUUCUGAAGGUUUGGGUUGUCAUGAUGUGCCAGGUGGGUGCUCUGGAGAAGCAGUUGGCUGAGGCCCAGUCUCAGGUGGAGGAGGCCCAGAGAGGGAGAGACAGAUCCCUCCAGCAGGCAGAGGAGCUGGACUCUCAGCUCUGCCAGCUCACGGUAAUACAACCCAGCCUCAGACACAAACAGGGAGGAUACAGCCAUAGUGUGCUCCUUGCUGCUGUGGAAAAAGCACAUUGCACAUUUUUCGAUUCCAGAAAGCCUACAUCUAUCAAUGUAUUUGAUAUAUAAAUGGGAAUGUGGCUUUGAAAAAAAAUCGAAGAAAUCCAAACAUAUGAACACAAACAGCGAUGUUUGAAUGAGAGUAAGUACUGUAUUACGUGUGGGGUCAGUCGGAGCUCCGGCAGGCCCGUGAGGAGCUGGCCCUUGAGAAGAAGCAGACCAAACAGCUGUGGGAGUGGGACACGGGCCAUAGUGUGACCAGCGACGGGCUGCGCAGGGAGCUGGAGGAGCGACGCCUGGGGGUGCAGCAGCUGGAGGUUCUGGUGGGAUCUCUCAAAGACGACUGCCAGGCACAGAUGGAGGCUCAGGUGAGAUUUAAAUGAAAAGCCUUGAGCUGUUUGUUUAAUUUUUAAAAAAGAGGAAAAUGACCAAAGGCCUUAGUUGUCAAACACUCAUUAAAUUUAGUCUCCUUUAGCAGUUGUUGGGCGAGAAGCAUCAGUGGGAGCAGCAGGAAGAGCUGGCUGUGUUGCGAGGGGAGCUGAACAGGGCCAGGGACGAGGAGCUGCGGAUGCAGGCCCUACAGGGGGACCGGGACGAGGUGCUGAAGAGGGUCCAGGCGCUGCUGGAGGAGAGGGACAGGGAGCUGCAGCUGAGGCAGCAGGAGGCGCAGCAGGGCCGGGCCAGGCUGGAGGAGGCCCAGGGCCGCUGCCAGGCCCUCAGGGCAGAGACUGAGGUGCUGAGGCUCAAGCUGGAGGACCAGGAGAAGAUGGUGGACCUGCUGCGGCUGCAGAUGGAGAGCACCACCCAGAUGACGGUACAGCAUGGACGUAGCAUUGACUCCCUGCACGAUGAGAAGAGCCGCCUCAGCAACCAGCUCAGUGAGCACAAGCUGGAGAUCCAACAGCUAAGGGUUGGUUUGUUAGUUAGUUAGCUAGAGUUAGUUGACUAUUUAGUUAGUUUUGAUCAUAGUUUAUUUGCAUCAUCCUACUUUAAUUUCAUGGUUGGUUGUUUCCUCCCCCUCUGGGCCAGAGAUCAUACAGGCUGCUAAGGGGAAUCCUCAGUUAACACCAAUAAUUAUUCCUUGUCUUGGAUUAUAAUACUCCAAUAUUUUCUUUUUGGGUAUGUUUUCAAAGCUAUCCUACCAAUAAUGUUCAAACCCUGUUGUGUCCCGCCCUAUACAGACCAACUUGGAGCAGCGUGAGGAGCGUUUGGCAGUGCUGGAGAAGGAGAGGCAAGUGCAGCAGGCUGGCCUGUCCAAACAGAGCUGCUGUGUCAAGGAGCUGACGCUGGAGAAACAGCAGCUCACUGCUGAGCUAGAGGUGCAACGCAUGCAACUGGUCAGCCUCACAGGUACACUGGCUGUCAUUAUAGAUGGCUUUCAUAUGAGAAUAUUCCCCUCUUACAGAUAAAAUGAUGCAGCCACUCUGUCUGUUCUUUCAUCAGUAGGAUAGUGUUGUGGUCAUCUGUCUUGCGGCUGGCUCCCUAAUCAACAUAAAUUAUUGUGUUGACGUUGUGUCUUUGAUUUAUCCGAUUAAAUGUUUUACUCCUGUGACCAAACAGUUAUUUGUUAACGUUUCUCUAUGAAUUAUGAUCUUUAUUAAUUCUGCAAUAAUGAAGAACUUUAAAUGAUUAGAUAUAACGGCCUCCAUUUCUCCAGUCUUUGGGGAAAUACAGGUCUUCAGUGGCAAAAGGCAAGAAUAAUGCUGAAGUUGCUACACUGUGUUGGAAAAGCACUACAGCAUGUACUGUAUGUUUUUCAUGUUCACCAAGCCCUCAUUGUGCUUUGUGUGCGAUUGUUUGUGUCCAUCUGUCCGUCCUCCAGAGGAGCAUGAGGAGUUGAAGAGGCUCCACAGCAGUAAGAGUGAGGAGCAGGAGGGUGUGGUGGUGGGUCUGAAGGCCCAGCUGAAGACCACCCAGGCUGAGAUGGACCAGGCCAGGAGCACCCUGAGGACCCUAGAGGGAGCGGACAGACCCGGUCAGCACUGCACAUCUGACAAACAUCACAGAGAACAUUCUAUUGUAGCAGAGAAUUUUGUGUUUAUAUGUUUAUGGGAAAUAUACACGAUGUGUUUAGGCAUGAGGUUUUAGUUGAGAGAACUGACUAUUGCAAUGGAUGAAUAAAUAGCUCUGGAAGUAAUUUAUUUUUAUUUGAUUCCAACCGUCAUAUUUCUAGACUAACCCAUCUUUCCCAGUACACUACCAUUUUACUAUUUGAUUUGCAAUAUAUCCACCUAUUUUACUGUGAUGUCUUAACGAGGGUCUAAACGUUUCUAUUUGUACCAUUUCUACCGAGAUUGCCCCAAAAAAUACAUUGUUUACCUAAGAGUAUAAUUAUAUUUUCCAUUGUUUGAUCGUGGUUUUUCAGAUCUCCUAACAGUACUGUUUGUAGGUCCAUCUGAACACAGACAUUAUGACUUAACAACCACUCCUGGACCUGACUCCAAAAGUGAGCCACCGAAGGACAGAACCAAAAGAGAUGAUCUAUUGAUUCUGUUUCCUCGUGGCAGUCAGCACAGGGAUGACUGUUCAAUGCCCUGUAUAUUGAGCAUUCUUUUUGUGGCGAGAAUAAUAAUAGUUUAAAUUGAAAAGAGCGUUCUGCCUCUUCUGGAGGAUGAAAUUGGAAUUGUAGCCAACUCUGUAUCGCUUAAUAAAAAAAAAACAGGAUACUUUAAACAGGAAUCCAUUGUCAAUCCACCGGAUUGGUUUUAAUCUGUAUAACGGCAAAAAUAUCCCUUUUGAACAUUAGAUGUGCCUCUUACUAGCAUGCUGGAAAACCAGUUUGGAUUUAAAUAUAAUUUCAGUAUAAUGGAGGCUUUCAUUCAUUCCCCCCCCUCCACUGAGUAGACAGAAAGAGAUGAGAGUAAAUGGACCUUGAUUGACUCGUCCUCUCUGCCCUGCCUCCCCUUUUUCUGUCCAGGCCUGAAGGUUGCCAUGGGGAUGCAGAAGCAGAUAAAAACCAAGAGAGAACAGAUCGACUCUCUCCAGGGCCGAAUCCAACUACUGGAGGAGACCAUGGACAAACUGAGCCAGGUAGGAACACCUCAAAGUCUGCUUUAGGGCUCCAUGAUGCAAAACUCCAAAUUCUGAGGUAAUCCACCUUGCCUCUCGCUAUUACACAUGCACAGGCUUCCACACAGAACAAAGGCCUGUGUCCUUAAUAAUGUAGGGAUUUUAAACAACAAGGGAUUCUGGUGUUUUACUUAAAUGUAUAAUAAUCUGCCUUUCAAUAUGGUCUCUCUCUUCCCAGGAAAAGCGUUACCAGAGUCUGGAGAGUAAGCGUCAGGUCCAGGAGCUGGCCUCCGUUACAGAGGAGAAGAGACAGAUGGCAGCUGAGUUGGAGACCGUCCGUUCCCUGGAGAGACAGCUCAGGGAGAAAGUCGCCAAACUGGAGGUGUCCCUACACCAGGUAGUGUGGCACUACCUUGUAUUUACACUCACUUUAUCACACACUGUAUCAAGAGAAAUGUACGAUUUGCUGUGACUGACCCCCUUUUUACACUUACUAUGUUCCUCAGAUGUCUGGGAGCUUUAUCGACUGUCAAGACUUCAUCCAGUGGCAAGAGCAGGCGUUUGUGCGGCUGAAGCUGCAGCAUGCUCUGGAUGUGAAGGUACAGUUCAGUAAGACGGGUGUACAUUUGCCUCUAUAGAGGUCUAAUGCAUAUGCUGUUUUGUUGUUUCUGUCUACACCCUUCUACUGUAUGCUUUUUCAAGGGCUGUGUCUUUUCAGCAGGAGUUGCAGGGCCAAAACCUGCGAGACACAGGGAAUGCUCAGCGUGCUUCCCCUACCAGCCUCACAGCCCGGAAUGCACUAUCCUCCACCCAGCACGGCUCUAACUGCCUGCUAGAGGUAAAUAAUAAUAAUAAAAUAAAUCAAUGCAGAAACCUCCUACAAAAUGGCUCCAAUCCUCCCAGGGUCUGGCUUUGUUGCUGUUUAUUCAGCUGUGGAAAACAAAGCUCAGCACAUCUGACUUCCCCAAAAUGAAAAACACACCCUGAUUGCAUUCCUGUGGUAGCGCGACAGACUCGUUCAUCAACCAUUUGACUUGACUCCGGAACAGCCGGAUUGAAGCCAAUUUAUUCAAAGCAUGGAGGGAUUCCAGAUAGUAAACAAUAGAUUUCUGUGUUGAAUAUACUGUAAUCCUUAUUGGUAUUGGCCAUAAUGGUAUUUUACACAGCACCUCUUCACCCCUGUUGCAGUUGAAGCCUCAGCGGCUGCUGGAAAGCCCCACUAUGGAGCUGCGUUCUCUAGUCAAAGAGCUGCGAUGUGUGAUUUCUGAGAACCCCGGACCACACACCAACACCAGCAUCCUCAGAAGGAGCUCUGCUCCAGAGAGAGCGCACAGGACCACACUGUAAGUCUGUCCUCACUAUUAGAGGUCAUGUGGCCAUUAGAGGUCAUGAUGUUACUCGUUUUCGCCCCACAUUUUAUAGUUGUGCGCCAAUCAGUUUAUUUCACAACCACUAGUGACAUGUUACUCAAAUGUUUACAAAGAUUGUGUUCUAUUUGGUUCUCAAUCAACCCAUUAACUACAAUCAUGUGGAUCCUCUUUCGUUCAAAUUUGAUACAAUAAAAUAUUUAUCUUCCAGCAAUGAAGUCACCAAAUGUUUUACAAGCAAUGCCAAAACGACAAAGGGGACCUACUGCAGGUAAGCGCAUGUAUCCUUGAACCUCUGUGUCUGACUGCCUGAGCAUGGCUGUUGGCAACCGGCCCCUACCUGUGUAUUGGCUCUUCUACUCUUCAGGCCACAUGCACGCUUCGUUCUAAUGCGUGUUUGUGUAUGCAAUAUGUGGAGUGGUGUGCCUCACCCCCUUAGGACAACUGAUCUGGAUGAGCGGAAUUUAAACAGCACCUUCUCAAGCGACAGUGAGUUUAUCUUUGUUGGUACGACCAACCACUUAAACACAGUUAACAAAGCAUGUGCUUAAUUUCCCUUAUUUCACGUUUCGUAUCACUCUUCUAGUCUCCUUUAUCAUCCAUGUGGUCCCCUCAAACGUAAUAUGAUUAAGGUAUACACAAUUUUGAUCAGUUAAUCAUUCCUCCACUUUAGACAUUGUUUGCUAUUUCUACAGGCCAUGACUUAUCUUUUGUUGCAUCUCUGCCUUGCUACACAUCGUCCCCUCGAGCCAUGGCACUGGGCCGCACGUCCCCUGUACACUCACUCCUGACCACUGACCACAACCCUACGCAUCUACAACAGAGCAGGCCUCUGCCCCAGGCAGCAAGCCCUCUUGCAGACACAUGCACCGUGUAA